UUUCUGUGAUGGACAUUUUGGCAGGGCCGGUUCAAAACCGUGCACCGUCCCAGGGAGGCAGAAAUGACGUGUCUUGCUGCUUUUCAGGGGGUAAAAUGUGCCCGUAUUCCAAACCUACUGUGCUUUCAUGCACACAGCUACAAGUUAAUGUGCUCUAUUCGAGAGGACAUGGUCAAAUGAGCACUCUAUGAGUCAUCUCUAGUCUUCACCACAGGUGUUUCGGUGUGUGCUCUGGGAACCUUUCCGCUCCCAAUCCCAAAUUACACUGAGAUCUCCCCGUGUUGACUUUUUGCUUCAGCUGCAGGUGAACAAGAGAGCCGUACAGGUGAUAUGUGAAGUGUCUCUUACUCACAGACCACAAAGAGAGGCUUUUUUUCACUUUGACAGUGCAGUUAAUUAGAGCUAUUGAUGUUUUUCGGGCUUACCUGUUGUAUUGUUCUACUGUUUAUGUAAGGUUUUUUUUUGCAGUUUAAAAGGAUUUGCUCAGACUGAGCUGAAGCCAAACAGCCAUGUCAUCUCUGAGGACUCUAGCUUUUCUUGCUCUAAUUGCAGGUAUUUCCGGCGGUCAGACUUCAGACUGCUCACACUGGGGGCUCCUGAAUCACCUAAAACUGACUACAAGAAAUGAUGUUCUAGCAAUGAUGAGACCUGUGAAGAACUGGACUCACGCAACCCCUGUUCAGAUGGACAUGCUGUUGUACGGCAUUUUAGAAGUGGAUGAGAAGUUUCAAACCGUCACCAGUCACGUCUGGAUCCAAAUGCGUUGGAAGAAUGAAUUCCUCACGUGGAAUUCGUCAGACUUUUGUGGGAUAGACAUGCUGACCGUUCCGAGGUCGAUGCUCUGGAUCCCAGAUGUAACCAUCCAAGAGGAUGCCUCUGAUAGUGGGAGUAUUCAAGACAGUCCACACAUCAGUUUGUAUCCCAGCGGUCUAGUGCUGGCGAACAGACGUCAGCGCCUGACCUCCACCUGUCAGCUGAGGCUCUACCUGUUCCCCUUCGAUGUGCAACAUUGUAACAUCACAUUUUUAUCCAUGAACUAUGACGCUCUAAUACUAGGAACCUACUACAGUGGCAAAAUCCUUACUUCAGUCUCUGAGUUGACCAUGGUUACAGAGGGAGAAUGGCAACUUAAAAACAUUGAAAUCACUCAUUAUACUAUUACCAAAGUUGGUACAUCUCACAGCAGGCUUGUAUACAUGGUCAAAAUCAUGAGAAAGCCAAUGCUUUAUGUGAUAAAUUUGAUCGUACCCCUGUUCUGUCUUCUGGUCCUGGAUCUGGCCACCUUUUUCAUCAGCGAUGCCAGAGGGGAGAAGCUCAGCUUCAAAGUGACCUUGCUCCUGUCCAUCUCCGUCUUACUGCUGAUUCUUCAGGACAUGUUGCCCUCCACUGAGGACAGUCUUCCGAUGAUCGCCUGCUACUGUAUUGUGGUUUUCACCCUGGUGUGGAUAAGCCUCCUGGAGGCCAUUCUGGUGAGCUUCCUAAUGGAGCUGGACGGUUACUGUUUCAAGGAGGCUCAAAGCGCUGCUAAUGCCGAAGUGGAAAUCCAGCUGGAAGCCAACGGUCACAAAGAGCCCGCCGGAGCUGAGGAGAGCGGCCGGGUGCGUCCGGCCAAGGGUCACCUUGCUCGGGACGGGCCCGGGGACCACGACCUGCUGAAACUGAUCCUGGAGGAGGUGAGGGCAGCGCGACAGGAGGCCGGAGGACAGCACAGAGACGAGAGGAAGCCCGGACGCUACAGAAGACUGGCCGAGAUCGUGGACUCCGCCUUCUUUGUCCUGUAUUUUUUAACUGUUGUGAUUUUUGUGGUGUGCAUGUUCAAGGCGGGGUUUCAGAACUAUACGGCAAAUGAUAAUCAUUAGAUGCUGUGUGUAUAAUCAGCCAGUGCAUGCUCUUAAAUUCGGUGAAAAUGGGUCGUUAAAUAACUAAAAAAAACCCACCUGGGUACCGACACUGA